AUGAGAGAUCGGAUCGACUUGUUUGAGCGAAGUCACGAUGCGAACUCCCUUAAGCAGGAGAAGCUGAAAUAUAGGAAGGCGCAACAAUAUCAAAAUCGGUGGGUACGGGAGAAAAGAGACCAGAAAAUCAUCAUCCGGGGAAAUGAAGAGCCGGCGCACUUAGAAAAUGACAUUUGCACACGCGCUUAA